AGAACCUUUCACUUGGACUUCUUCUAGGGUAUACCAGAACCUCGACCGGACCUAACGAGGACGAUUGGCCCGUGUAGCAAGCCUCUCCAGGGGGUCGAUGUCUACUCCGCCGUUGGAGAAGACCGUUGAAGUCGAAACGACCAUCGCGUUGGCCUUCUUCCUGACCACGGCCGGUCUGUGUUUGCAUGAGGGGUCGCGGAGGAUAAGGAAAGCCCACUUGACAGCAUACGACUGUUUACUAUACUUUGCAUACGUGGACGUACUUGUGAAAGAUAUUAUCGCCUUAUGGUUGGUUAUAAAAGGUGCUUGUUCCGAUAUCGUCUAUCUGAACCAAAGCCGCCAUGAUGAGAUUCUCUUCGACAACGUGUUUUUCGCUCUCGCAGGGCUUCGAGCAGCGACCACAAUCUCUGUGAAAUUGGCUGUUCUCUUCUUGUACAAGCAGGUCUUCACCCUCGACAAUCUCCACUUUCGCAUCGCAUGGUGGGUGUGCUUCUUGUACUUGGUCCCUUGCUUUUUGACCAUCGACCUCACGUUCUAUGGAAUCAUCUUCACAAACAAGAAGAGGAUCCCUCAUCUUCGCCUUGCGGACUUCCAGUUUGGAAAGAUUGCGCAUGUGGUCGUUGCAUGGCUGAAUACGAUCGCCGACAUGUCCAUCCUUGUCCUGCCACUUCCGUACCUACUGAAGCUGCGUGUCCAGCGCUCACAAAAAGCAGCACUAACUUUCAUUCUUUGCAUGGGCUUCCUUGCAACGGCUGGGACAUGGGCCAACGCCAUCCUUCUCUCAGUCGCGCUAGCUAAGGGACGCGACAUGAGCCAGGCUUUCUCCAAUACUGUGCUUAUUAUUGCUUCAGUUGUAGAGUGCGCAGUUGGUAUACUUUGCGCGUGCUUGGCGACAUCGAAGCCAGCAGUAUCCGUUUUAUGGAGCUGGAUCAAGGCUCUUCCGCGAGGGGCGAAGAAACAUCGCACCUUUACUGAGCUGCCACAGAGAUCUUACCAUCGGGAGACUCGACCUGAUAUGAAGGUGUCGUCGGUUGAGGAAAUGGUGCAGAUGCCUGGUGGUUAGGUCUCUUAUAGGCACCCGAGGACACCAACGCUCAGGGCUCAGCGGCACUAGCUCAGGCCAAAUCUUUCAUUUACUGACAAAUAAUCGCUAGUGGGCAAGAAAUGAGCGCGACGCAGUGGACACUUGAGCU